AUGGGUAUGGCAUCUGUUAAUACUGCCAGUGAAGGUAUGCAACUUUGCAUAUUUGAUUUGAGAAGAGGACAACAGGAAGGGCAGGAGCUCGACAAGAUUUUAUUUUUCUUUCCUGCGGAUUUGCCUUUUGCAACCCAGCUUUCUGUGAUAGGACUCAGCGAAGGGCUCAUAACUUUUACAAGGAUAUUCUCUCCAGAUGCGGCUUGUGAGGUGAUAGAAGCAGAGAGGCACUCCCAUGUCUUUUUUGAAGCUGAAUCGGACAUCUGGAUGGUGAUGGUAGUGGAGAAAAGUAAGGAAUCAAAAGCAGCAUGUCAGGUUGAUGCAUUACGAAAGGUUCUCAAAGAAGUUCACUCUCUUUUUGUAUUGUUCCAUGGAACAAUGAGAUCGAUGCUUGAGAAGGAAACUAGUGGAGGCUUAAUCCGAUCUCAUUUAUAUCCUUUCAUCACGGAUUAUCUUAGUGAUUUUCUAAUUGGGAAGAAGCUCCAACUACCAUCAUUUCAUGACUGUUUAAUGGAGCGUGGAACUGUUCAAAUGCUUACUGUUGGAAGGGAAGCUGCAAUUGAAGUCCAGUCCCUUGUCAAGGUACUAGAAUGUUCUGCUGGGACUACAUCUUGCUACUCUCUGGUUUUGUUCCAGGACCUCCUUGUCUCAACCACACUUUCUCCCGAUGACACCAUAAGUUUGUUUACUUAUGCUGUUCUAAGGUUGACUCCCCACGCUUUGUCAUCCGGAGCAACUUCCUGGUCUUAUUUACAAAGAACUAAUGCAGGAUCUCAAGUUCCCGCGUUGUCUACUAUUACCAACUCUGGGUCUGUUUCAGAUAACAUAUAUCGCUCACGUGAUACUUCGCUGGACCAAGACAACAAUUGUCAAGUAAAAAGACCAUUACAUCAUAAUAGGUGGUUUAGGGGAAACGAUGGUUUUCUUGCUUCUGAUAUUUGGGGAGCUGAUAAUGGUAGUCAAACUUCUGUCACCCCAAUAGUUUACCUCCAGCUGACUGAGGAAAGGAUGUACCUGUGUGCCUAUCAAUAUAAAAGCCUGACCAUAAUCCUUCUGGUUCCUGUUUCCUCCAUUCUCAACGGCGAGCAAGGACUUUCACUCGUGAAGCAGCAAGUCUUUGAAAAUGCUUCACUUAAAAUGUUGAGGGUCGAGGAGAAAUUAUCAAAGGGAUGGGGUGGAGAAAAUGCUUAUCAUGUUAGUGGCUACCGUUACUUACUGGUUGAUGAUGAAAGAGUAUCCAGGGCUUCUCCUCCAGCAAAGGUCAUGACUCUAGCCAAGGAUUCUUUGCUUGCCAUGAGCAAGCUGAGAGAAGAGGUGAAUUUGGAGAAGAGAGCAAAAUGCAGCAGCAGUGAGGUAAAUUGUGACAAAGAAUUGGAAAUAUGUGUAAGAGCCAAAAAUGGUGCCUGGGUUAUAGCACGGACAUCAAGAGGGAAGGAGCUUUAUAUGGUUCUCGAAAAAGCCAGCGAAAUGCUUCUGUAUGCCUCUGAUGCUGUGGAGAAGUUCAGCAACAGGUACUGCAGUGGGGUAUUUUCUUUAGAUUAA